AUGGCAAAGGGCAAGUCGGAUACUGCAAAGAAUGCCAACACCCCGAGAAAGACAGCAUGGAAAGGCAUCGCCAUCAAACCCAAAUCGCCAAGUCGUCCAGGUUCAACAGCGUCAGCUCAUUCACAGGAAUCUCGAAAGUCUGUCAACACCAUUGCGUCGUCCACCUUGUCCAAUGAGGGAGUGUCCUCUUCGUCGUCGUUAACGGAUACUACUACUGCUCAAGUGGAGUCGACGCCGCCGCCACCACCACCAGCAGCAGCUCCAACAGCAACCAAUGAUAAUGUUCAGGAACCAUCCAAAGGACAACAACAACAACAACAACAACCCAUCGAGGAUACGAAAAAGACCAUGAAUGGUGACACCAAAAAGAAGGAGGAUCUUCAACCACCACCACCGUCGGAAGAAGAUGACGAUGAUGAUCAAGCAUCAACACCUCGUGCUGGUUCACGUAAAUCAUCGAUUGCUGGUCUUGAUUCUGCAAGUGAGGUGUUUGAAGAUGCGUAUGAUGAUGAUGACUACUUUGAUGAUGUGCCCACCUUUGAGGAACCACAACAAACGGAUCAUGGUGCCAAGAGUCCCAUGAAUGUGAUUCUCCCAGCACUACAAGGUUUAGAAAAUGAGGACGAUCGGGAUAAUGAAAUCGAAUCGCUUGGAAUUGCUGAAAAUCACUACCAUGCUAUCUCCACUCCACCAACAACAACAACUCAACAACAACCCGUCUCAUUAUCCUCCACCAACAACAACGUCCAUCAUGAAUCAACAUCAUUGGAUCACACUGCAACAACGACACAUGAUGACGCUGCAAAGCCUAUCAAAGAGGAGACUACGCAGCCUACCAAAGAGGUCACCAUGGAGACUACGCAACCUAUCAACGAGGUCGUCGCCAAGGAAACGACUCAACCUGUAAAAGAGAGCAACAACGAGGAAGCAGCUCAACCUGUAAAAGAGAUCACCAAGGAAGCAACACAAGAUGCUACUACAUCCCAAGUCGACAAAGAUGUUACGCAUGAUGAUCAAAAGGAGGAGCCAUGGAAAUCGGAUUCGAAUGCAAUGUCAAUGGAUGGCUUUAUGCAAGAAGUACAAGAAGCUGAGCUUGCUUUUCGAGAUGAUGAAAAAGAACAAAGGUCGACUGAGUAUGCCAACACGCCUUAUUACAACAAUGACACCAUUGAGAAUGAGCAUCAUGUGGAAAAAUCAACGGUGGAUGUGCUUCAGGAUUUGGAAGAUCUUGAUACCAAAAGAGAAGAGGAGCAUCAUCAUCAUCAUCAUCAACAUGAUCGCCCUGAAAGCAUUGAGUUGGCACCAGCACCACGUGGUGAUACCGAUUCACCAGUGACCGAUAAUGGCCUCUUUGAUACAAAGACAUCCGAUGAAGUGAGCCAACCCACACGCAACACCAGCAUUGCAGAUGAUGAUGGUAAUGAUUACCAUGGCAACAACGACAACAACAAAAAGGAGGGUACAGAAAAGAAGGAGGAUCAUUUGGGUGCCAUUUUGCCUGUCAUGGAAGACUCGGCCAGAGAAAUUAUUGGAGAGCAACCUACCGAGAUGGAUCGUGCUGCUGCUCGUAGUCUCGAGUAUGAACAUCCUGUCGAAGAUCCUAUCGACCUUGACAUGUUCAGAGACAACGUUAUCUCUAUCCCUACCAUUGAUCCCAAAUGCGUUCCUAUCAACACGCUUACUCCUCGAGAUCAAGAAGAAGCAGAUGAACCAGUGAGGGAAGGCAUGCAAUAUCUCUUUGAUAACAAGUUUAUGAAAGCCAAAGCUAUAUUCCAAUCAAAGGCCAGCAUUGAUCCAUUGUAUGCACUUGGUUUGGGAUCAAUGGCGUUUAUCAAAGCAAUGAUGACCUAUCAGGAGGAUGACAUUGAGACAGCCAUGACGGCGCUUGCCACGUCGUACACCAUUGCCAAAGCUCAAAUUGACAACAUGUGUUUCCGAAAGCCAUUGAAGGAAGCCGUUACACAAUACUUUUCGACAUUCUUGGCUAGCAACAACAAAUCAGGGCUCCCAUCCAGUCCUGCACCUGUUAUACGCACCAACAGCCCAGGUCAACCACGAGAGGCUCCCAUCUUUUUGCCAAAUGGGAUUUUACGCGCGCACGUGAUCAAAGCCGAGAGUUGCUUAUUGAUGGCCAUCAUCCAGCUAUCACAAGAGAGUGUCGUGAACUACUUGAAAUGUGGUCUUAAUUUGAGACGAGCUUAUAGCAGCUACAGUGUUGUAUGGCAAGAAUACAAGCGUAUGGGACAAGAAUACACCAAGCACAUGGACCGUGAUACUGUAUCAGCCAUUCAAUUUGGUAUUGGUGCCGUGCAUCUUUUACUUUCCUCCAUGCCAGCCAAGGUACUCAAGGUGUUCUCGACGCUUGGAUGGCAAAGUGAUAAGCAACUUGGUUUUGCGUUACUCAAAUUGUGUCUGGAAGGCCGUGGUAUUCGUGCUCCCCUUGCAUCGCUUACGCUACUUUCCUAUUAUACCAUCCUGACAUCCUUUACACCGCAGCUGUACGCAAAGGAAAUGAUGGGGCCUGCUAUUGAAUGUUUACUGGAUGCUCAAAAGCAUCAUCCCAGCUCAUGCUUUUUCCUGUUUUAUGCGGCACGGAUUGCACGUGUGGCUCGUAAUCUUCCCUUAUCAACACAAUCCUUUGCAUUUGCAGUCGAGUCAAGUCGAGGUGAAUGGGCGGAGACGGCGAUGCGACAGAUGGCGGACUAUGAGACAGGUUUCAACCUUGCGUUGCAACUGGAUUGGGAAGGUGCUGCUGUUUAUUUUGAUAAGCUUAGCCAUGAAAAGUAUUGGUCUCCUGCAUUUUCCCGGUACUUUGCUGGUGCGUGUUACGAGAUGCUGGGUCAAAGAACCGAAUGUAUCCUAGCCUUUGCCCAAGUCCCUGAACUGGCCAAGGAGCAACAACAUCGCAAGACCUAUAUUGAUGCGCACGUCCAUCGCCGCGUGGAAUUUUUCCAAAAGAGUGGGUAUCAAGAUAUGGAUUUCAGUCUUCCUGGAUUGGAGAUACUCCUUGUAUGGAAUGCCUUUGAGCAAAUGGAACCUGAGGCUUUGGAAAAGUGCUUGGAUUUGGUGCAGCACACUUUGGAAUUGGUUUACGAACGUGAGAAAAUGGAAUACAAUAUCCGUCUCAAGGAACUGGUGCCAACAUCCACACCUCCCGAUUAUUAUGAUCAACGUGCCAUCUUGCUCUUAACCAAAGCAUCCAUUCUUAACGCACUCGAAAGAUACACCGAAGGUAUUCCUCAUUUGAACUGGGUCAUGGAUCACAAGGAUUAUAUUAAACAUGAAACAUGGGUGGUGCCAUUUGCUUACUGGGAGGCGGGCGUUACGAGUUGGGGCUUAGGCAACGUUAAAAAGAGUCGCAAGCUAUGGCAGCUGGCGCUUUCAUGCAACAAGUACGACUUUGAAUAUAGGAUGGCUGUACGAUUAAGCCUUGCGCUCUCUCGUUGCGAUGAAGUCGGUGUGUCUCAUAUUGAUACAAAGCAAACUCAGGGCAUGACAACCCAUGGCCGUAAGCGGAUGCCUAUCAUUGAUCCAUAA